CCGAACCCAUUCCCGAGAGCGCGUUUGCCCGCGCUUCGAAUUUCAAAAUUAAUCAUAGAUUUUAUUUUUUACUUUUUUUCCGGCCAGUGCUAAGAAAAACGCAAACACGUUGCGUUCAAGUGCCAGUGUUUGUAUAGUUGAAAGUUUGGCGUGUGACUUGAUAUUCCAUUUUAAAGGACCAGUCCAGGCUGCCAAGAUGACUCUAGAACAGCCAACAGGCGAGAUGUGGCAGAAGAUCCGCGAGGAGCUGAACGAGAAUGCAGACACCAAGGACGCCGACCUCGCUCACAUCAAAGAGUGGCUGAAGAAGGAGCCACAUCUGCCUGACGAAUUUGAUGACCAGCGUAUCAUGACCUUCCUGCGCGGCUGCAAGUUCUCCCUGGAGAAGACCAAGCGUAAACUGGACAUGUACUUCACCAUGAGGACGGCUGUGCCGGAGUUCUUCACAGACCGCGACGUUAACCGGCCAGAAUUACAGGAGAUUCUCAAUAUGGUACAAAUGCCCCCACUACCUGGACUGACACCCGAUGGACGACGUGUCAUUUUCAUGAGAGGUCUGGACAAGGAUGUGCAAACGCCCAACGUAGCUGAUGCCUUCAAACUGGCCUUCAUGAUGGGUGACGUCAGGCUGAACGAGGAGAAGGAGGGUGUCGCUGGAGACAUUUACGUCCUAGACGCCUCUGUCGCCACCCCCACACAUUUCUCAAAAUUCACCCCCACUUUGGUGAAGAAAUUCCUAGUCUGUGUUCAGGAGGCCUACCCAGUCAAACUAAAGGCGGUGCACGUGAUCAACAUCUCACCUCUGGUUGACAAGAUCGUCAACUUUGUCAAACCUUUCAUCAAGGACAAGAUCAAAGAAAGGAUCUUCUUGCACUCCGACGCGAGUGAGCUCUACAAGCACAUUCCCAAGGAAAUGCUGCCAGCCGAAUAUGGCGGCAACGCCGGUAACAUGUCGGAUUUACACAAUGCAUGGGUAAAGAAAAUGGACGAGUACACAGACUGGUUCAAACAGCAAGAGGAUGUGAAAGCCAACGAAGCCCUGAGACCAGGCAAGCCGACCAACUACGACGAGCUCUUUGGAAUCGACGGUUCCUUCCGCCAGCUGGUCAUAGAUUAAACAUAAUUGUAUUCUCAAUUUAGUAGGAUUACUGUCAAAGAGAUUCUCAUUAUUUAGAUAGCAUCUAUUACUAUCGCUUUUCGAGUUACCAGCGUUAAUUACCAUACUUAAUGUUGUCAACCAAAGGUUUUGCUCAAUUAGGUGUUGAUAUUAUUGAUCUUUUAAAUCUAUCGGUUUUUUUAAACAUUUGAUUGAAUUAAAUACUCUUUUUU